AAAGAACAACUCAAGACAGCCAGCCAGCCCCCGCCGGAAUUACACCCGAAGGUCUACUCCGUACGGCGCCUUCAGUCGUGGCCUUUGGGAAUAUAAUAAUAAUGGCGAUCCGAUCCUGGCAACGCUGCCAAAGCAGUUAGCACCUCCAUAACUCCUCGUUGCCAUCAAGGGGCAAGCAGAUAACAACCAUCGCUUGGUCCAGUGGCUCCUCGCGCGCCCCUUAAUAAUAAUGGCUGGGUCUGGAGUCCAAUCCUGGGCACUAGGGAUGUAAUAUAAUCAACCACCCAAAACCACUCCAUUAUUAUUACGAUGAUGUCGCUGUGGAUCUUUGCACGCACGCGAUAUAUUAGACGGCUAAUCGCCGUUCAGCAGUUGGUCUCUGCCGAAGCACAAACAUACAAAGCACCCAUUAUUAUUAUUAAGAUUCCGUUCUUCUUAAGGAAAGGUGAAGCUUGUAUCAGAGCCCCAGCGUGGGUGAAGCGUGCGUUCCCGUGGCACGAUGUAAUCCAUACCAUACCGGCCAUUUUUGACAGAGCGCUUGAAGGGGCACUUUUUAUCGUAUCCAGUCACUGCGGUUGCUUCUCUGACAACCUGCGUUGUGAUUGGCAAACAAUGAGUGCCAGUGUUUGCCGACCUGCUGGAGGUCAACUCGCUAAGAUCGAGCCAACUGUGGACUGGAAUGCAACCCCGGAAGCACUGCACACAGGGGGAGGGGCAGGUUCAAGCUAAAGGGUGUCAAAUUGGAGUAUUAUUACAUGGUUGGCAUUGAUUGUCUCUCCUGUUUCACGUUUCUUUUAUAAGGAUCAACCCACAAACCUAGAACUCGGAAUCCGCCUGAGUGGGACAGCAUACCCAAGCGGUAUUUGGGGAACGCCACCCACGCCCCCAUUAUUUGGCCAUGAGCCCAUCUCGAAAAUGGCAAGAGUUGUCAAAGCCCCCCAUAGUUACCAGCCAAGCCGGCCUUCUUACGGUGAAGAAGAAUGGAGAGUGAGGGCUUUCAAAGUCACCCUUCAUGUUACGCUUGAUUCCAGCAUCGGAGACCGCCAAGGCAAAUCGGCUUUUACACUCUUCAUCCUCGCCCCCCUCGGGCUUUUCCAGCUGAUCACACCUCAUCCUGCUAAUCAUCAUCCCCUGUAGUCGCAUCUUUUUGACCCUCUUUCAGUUUUUCACCACUCUCCUUCGAUUUUGGACUUGAGAACAAUUAUGAUCCCCCUGUUCUGAAUGACUCUCCUUCUGCUUCGUAUAAUCUCUACUAGUGAAUGCCUGUAUCUACUUGCCGCUAGACGGAACCUGGGGACAUGGCUCAGCUCCCAGAAGGGAAUGGCAGGCCCUUCCUCCUUUGGCAAACCGCCCAACUCUUUGACGCGCCGGCCGAAUAUGACUCUGCUCAAGCCUACCCCGCUGAGAUCAUGAAGCCGGCUGGAUAUAUAUUGGAAACACCCCCUACAACUCACGAUAACCCUCUUACCACCGUUUCCAGACCAGUACCGAUUUCCGUGCCUCCUUUCAAGGUCGACCUAAAGCCGCCCCGUUUUGAUGUCCAAUGGCGAUGGUGGGAAGAUGAAGCCAGCUUUAUCCUGCGAGCAUUUGCGGUUGAAUCCAUCAAACGACUUGUGCAGUUCCGUUUGUAUCACGACGACAACCUCCCAAGGUCCAUACUUCGGAGUCGAGACGCGAACACGGUGACUGCAUUUCUCAACUCCUUGCUAUCUCCCAAUGAUGGCACAGUGGUAACGGAGCUUACUCAUUACGAUAGAGUCGAAAAGCUGCUGAGCCUAUGUCGUUCUAAGGAUAACGAAGCCAGGCCUUGGAGUUGGUUUCCCACGUCCACCCCGAACGAGAUCUGCUAUGAAGCCGUUGCGAGAGACAUUAACGACGAGAGCUACUUGCAGUUUAAGGCAGUUCGGUUCGAAGACUGGGUCCACUACUCACUUGGAUACCCCACGCCAUCGGUGGAAUGGUUCCUCAUGCAACAUUCUCAGCUCUCUAGCUACCUCAUGGCCCAUUUCAACGAAUUCCCUGACCAAGCAUAUAAAUACGUCGAGGUGGAAAAGCGUCUCCGCUCGGGCAAUCCUUUUGCUCAUCAGGCGGUUUUAUGCACUCUUAAAGCCAAAAGAAUUUUGGAAUUUGACGAUUCUCCGUUAUCGGCGCACAGACUUAUGAGAUUCCUCACUAUCCCUAUACAAAACUUGUUCACAACACAGCAAAACGGCCUAAUACGGAUGUUAAAGAAACUGGUGGUAUUGGAGGUCCGCUUCAACCAAAUAUACCAUCGAGGAUCAGAUGUGAAAUGGGAUAGCUACUUUGAGGCUGAAUCUCCCUUACUCGACGAGUUCUUCGAGGCAUCUUCUCCUCGCGCUCUGGCAAGGAGUCUUACACACUCGGAUGACCGGGACUUUACUGGCCUAUGUCUACAAAGCUUCGUUACAGAAGACUCCAUAUUCCGCCGAUUGACAGCAAACUGGGAUAAUUUGUGUACAGUUACCGAGGAGUGUUGUCUCGCUUAUCCGGACCUGAUUGACUAUUUUAAAAGCUGUGUUCAGGAUCUAUACAACCAAAGGAAUUAUUAUUCGGCAACAGCAAUCAUCCAUGGUCUUCAGAAAGCGAACCCGCAAAGGUUUUCAUUCAACCUGCUUUUUCCAGCAACGGGCGCUACAUCACAAGGCUUUGUAGGAUUCCCGUCAAAUUUCUUUGACCUCCUUGACGCUGCUAAUAACUACGCAUCAUACCGAAAAAUAUUACAAAACAGGCCUGGGUUACCGUUUCUCCGCCCCCAUGCUAUAGAAUAUCAGUCAUACGGAGAGCUGGGGCUUGUGGGCUUAUUCCCCCUUCCUGACCUAUAGUGAUGAAGGAAACAGCAGAUAUGAUUAUAAGAUGCCGUAUCAUUCUGUUUUUCUUCUAGGGUUAAACUACCUAUCAGUCACUAGCAAGCCCGUGAUGUGAUAGCCAUCGGUUAUUUGUUGCCAGAUCGAAGGAUUAGGGGCUGCGGUGACAAUAUAGCUGACAGACAAAAACUGAGGAAAGGAUGGCUUUCACGUAAUGAUUUGUUUUGCGUAUUGAAUUUUCUCCCGUGAAAUUCGCUUUCUCCAGUUUUAUGCGCUAGAAACGGCUAUGAACAAUGCGCGAUAUGUGAUGCCUGCAUUCAUCAAUCCAUUCUUCUUUGAAGAGCUCUCUUGACGAUCCACUCCGUAAGCGAGAAUGGCAUCCACCGAUUCCAUGAGUCUCCGCAACCUCGCCGUGAACACCCGCAGGGUCAUUUUUGCAAGGCGCGCAUUAAGGCGGUGGACAGGCCAGCUCUAGACCGCUGAUAGGAAAAUAGGUUCAAAUUGGUUUAACCCAUACGCAGGUGGGAACGUCUAAAAUGGGUUUCAAAAGUGGUAUAAGGUCGCCAAUGGGAGAAAAUUAGUGGCAGGCUACCCUGCAGCCACUAUGAUAUAAUGGCCAUUAAUAUCUCUCUUCCUCCUGUUUGCCACAAAGUCCCAUCACCUUUACAAAGCCUUCGUGCCACCUGAGACAUCAAAGCUACGGAAGGGCCGGGGAGAGGACGUGCCAAUAACAUCCAUAUAACACUCACUCACCCGCUUUCCUGCGAGGAAUAUCGACCUAUGCGCCUCGUCUGAACUCACUAUUGGCCCCAUGCUUCCAGAGCCAGGUAUAGAAUUGAGUUUUCGUCCCGCGUUUGGAGAACAUUUGAUUAUUUCUCCGGUUUUCUAGCUACAUGCCUAAUGACCAAUCCAUGAUCUCCUGGGGUAUAUGCACCUAUCAAUCCACUAUGCGAGGUUUCAUCAGCGGAAUCACAAAAUCAGAAUUGAUUGAAGCAAAGAAAGGUGAUCAUGUCGAUUACAAGCCUCUGCGAGUUAACAAAACCUCGUUGCAGUUUUGAGUGGCGUGCAGCAAGAAGGGUUAUGCAAUGAAUAGUAGCCAGCUGGGAGUGGUCGGAUAACCUUCCAAUUCCGUCCUGCUUUUUCAGCUGGUUUCUCUCUUUGCCUAUACGAAGUCUUUCAUAAAUUUACCCCCAACACUUUAGUUUGUGCUUUGCAUAUUCUGGUUUGCUCGAGGCCGUGGUUAAUCUUCCCGCCACUGGCCUCUGUGUGCGACUCUUAGGGAGGAGCUGCUUCUGACUGUCUACUCGUUUAUCAUACAUAAUACACGCAAAUAUAAAGUAUACCCACUAUAUGUGUAAAACUAUACCUCCACGAUAAAUU